CAACAACCAUCUUCGACUCCCAGAUAACCCGACACUCGUUUUCUGGUCAACGUUUCUGGCGCAAUAACCUGAAUUUCUUUAUUUUCUCGAGCUUUACUAGCGUCAGGCAAUCACAGUCACUUCUCGAUACACCAUCGGAAACCUUUCGCCCAGUCGAUUCGCGAUCGCCUCGGUUGCCAUGUCGUACGACCAGUUAUCAUCGCUCGAGUCGGGGACAGCCUCGAGAGGAGGCUACAGCGACGACCCGGGGUUUAAACAACUACAAACUGAGCUUAUGAACAAAGUCCUUGGCCUGCGACGGAACAUCUCCAAGCUCAGCUCUGAUGUCGACCUUUUAGGAACGAGGCGGGAUACCCCGAGGGUACGCGAGCGGGUGCAUGAUCUUCUGGAGAAGUUGCGGGAGACAUGUAAGGAUAUUGGUCAGGGUGUCAAGAAACUUCAGACCUGGGAGGACCUCACGAAACAACAAAAGUACGACCAAACCCGCGUCUCGACCGACUUCCAGAACGCCCUCCAAGAAUUCCAAGAAGUCCAACGCCGAGCCCUCGAGAAGGAGCGCGCAUCCGUAACCGCCGCGCGGGCCGCCCAAAGCCCCGAGGCGCUCGAGGGAGCAGGCACAGGCGAUGAGCACCUGCCCGGCCAGCAACAGCUGCAACAACAAGAGCUGGCGAGGCUGGCCCCGCAGGACGAGGUGGAUUUCCAGGAGGCGCUGAUCAUCGAGCGGGAGGAGGAGAUCCGCAACAUCGAACAGGGCGUCGGCGACCUGAACGUGCUGUUCCGGCAAGUGGCGCAGAUCGUCAGCGAGCAGGGGGAGCAGCUGACGUCGAUUGCGGAUAACGUGGAGGAUGUGCGGGACGACACGCGCGGCGCGCAGGUGGAGCUCACGCAUGCGGCGCGGCAUCAGAAGGCGGCGAGGAACAAGGGGUGCUGCUUGAUGCUCAUCCUCGCCGUCAUUUUGACUAUUGUCUUGUUGGCUAUUUUCAUCGAUUAAUGCAUGGCGAAGCGUGUCCUUUGGACGAGACGUGCUUGGUGGUCGGGGGAAGUUUUCAGUUCUACUCAUCGUUGGGGCAGAGGGGCUCAUUUAUCAUCCAGCCCUCCUGGGUUGAACCUCUUCGUUUGUUAUCAUGGCGUUGCUAUCCGGAUGUUACAGGGUGUAUAUUUGUACAGGGUUUUGUAGCGAAUCUAACUGAUCGCUCGUGUUUCUACACGAUGAGCUAUGGAGCCUUUCAGCCUUUUUUUCUUCCGCCUGUUUUAUUUCGGAGGCUUCACCCAACCCUUUUCCAGUGCCAUGGGAGGUGUGGCAAAUGGACUUUCAAAGGGCAUAUAGCGGUUCAAUAUCCAACCGUUUAGUUGCGUCCAU